GGGGCACUUUGGAAACCUUUCCAAGUCCUGUUCCUCUGCUCAGGGGGAACAGAGGUGGGAGGGAAGGGGCUGCCAGUUUCUCUGCCAGCAAUGGGAUGCCAAGGCAUGGCUCACCUGUAAGAGGGUGCCCUGGGGGAAGUGUUUGUAUGCUGACAGUGAGCCAGCUAUCCCGAGCAGCCUCUGGCCCUGCGUAGCAGGCUAAGAGUGCACAUGUGCCCGCCCAGCCUCGGGACUUUGGCAGAGCAGAGAAGAGAACCAUUGUCCCUGCCCCACAGGCACUGCCCGCCACCGCGACCUCGGCUGGUACAGACUGCCGGGUGGGACACAGUGGCUGUGCCAUGGCCGGAAUGCUCUGGCCAGCAGUAACCGUGGUCCUGCUCUCCUUUGCUGUGUGUCUGGAGGCCAGCCCGGAGCUGUCCGGGUACCUGCGCAAGGUGCUGAGGAACCACACUGCCCACACCUGUGAUGGAGAGCAGCUCCUCAUCGUCUGCCCUCGCAAAACCACCAUCAGCAUCCUCGGGGCCUUCUAUGGGCGUCGAGUGUCCAGCACCCACCUCUGCCCCAGCCCUGACAAUGCCUCCCAGGAGAGCACCGAAUGCACAUCUCCCACUGCCUACCUGAAGCUGCUGGCUGAGUGUCAGGACCAGCAGUGGUGUCAGUUCUCGGUGCACAGCCAGGUCUUUGGGCCAGACCCAUGCCCUGGGACACACAAGUAUCUCAUCGCUUCUUACAAGUGCCGGCCAGGGAACCAUCGGAUCAAGACCGUGUGCGAGAAUGACAAGCUCAGGCUGCAGUGUCGACCAAAAUCCAUCCUGGCCAUUUAUUCUGCAAGUUAUGGACGAUUCCUGCAGGGCAAAGCAGAGUGUGAUGCCUUGAACACUGGAGGACCUCAUAUAGAGUGUGUGGCUCCAGACGCUCUGCGCAGGGUCUCCAAGAAGUGCCACCGCAAGGGGAAUUGCACCGUGGCUGCUGAUAAGGCCACCUUCGGAGACCCAUGCCUCCCGGGCAUGAAGAAGCAGUUGCGAGUCUCUUACACCUGUGUGCCCAAGCAGCUGCUGGAGGAGGUGGGCCCUGACACCUCAGACCCCUUCCUGCUCUCGGACUACAUGCACGGUGGCUGGUACAAAGGGCCCAGGUUCUCCAGGCUCCAAGAAGACCGCAUGAUUUUUACUAGCUCUCUGGCAGCUUUUGCCCACCUUUGGGAUGUCCCAGAGAAAGUUGCCCUCUACUUUCUUUGUGGAGUCUCAGGAGGCCUCAUGCUGCUGCUGUGCAUCAUCAGCCCCAAAACGACCUUUCUCCAGGAGGUGGGGGAGGCUCUCAAAGACCCAGAGCUGGGGAGCAGCUUGAAGCUGGGCCGGACCAAGCUGCGGGAUGAGCAGGAUGAAGACAUUGCUGAUGACAGCUCCUCAGACUCCUCCUUCCGCCGCCUUACCAACACAUACCGGGCCACUGACAGCAUCUUCAGCCCUGAGCUGACGGCAGCUAUGGAGGGAGCAGUGGAGCACCAGGGCCGCAGUGGGGAGGAGAUCUGGAUGCCCAAGGAGUCAAGCCCAUAUGCCAUACACAAGAUCAAAUCAGCCACCAAAUAAGAACUGGAAGAAAACAGCAUGGAGAGCAGAGGGGUGCAGGCUCAGUGGGAUCUGACAUCAAAGAGACAUAAGAGUUUGGGCUCCUUGAGGUGACUGGACAUCCCAAGAAGCAGCGGGAUCAGCUCCAGUGUGUCCAUCAACCCACUGCUCCACCAGCAUGGAAACCUCUGACCUGGGGGUGACAUGCAGUCCUGCGGUGUGAUGAGGGGCUAUGUAAUGGUUCUGUGGGCCAUGGGCUCCUGUGCCACAGACACCACUAACCCUAACUAACCUCCUAGUUCUCAGCUUGCAUUGUCUGUCUCUAGAAUUUAACCCUGAUUAGCUGUGCCAAGCACACCCUGAGCCCUUUGCGGCUGUUUGCUCCUACUUCUCCUUGGAUACUGGCUUCCACUCCUGGUGCUGCAAACACGUCCUGCACUCGAGCACUGUGCCAGUGGUGGAGAGGCAGGAAUGGCCAGGACACAGGAAGAGGCAGGUGGAGUGGGUGUACAAGCACAGCAGGCAUCACCAGCACAGCCCCACCAUGGUACAUGCCAUGGUGUGCCAAGGGAGCUACUCCCCAGGCUGGGGCCACUGGCAGCUCAGCACAACACUGGCUCUCCCCUCCCUGCAGGCAUUCAGCAGCUCUGUCACCCUGUGUUGCUCUGUGCUUUCCUCUCUACUUUCCUCAGUGGCAGGAGAACCCCAAGUUUUAACUUGCUGUGGUUUUUUGCAGUGAAUAAAUGCAACAGCUCUUAGGCACAUCUCUCCCUGACCUUGGUCGUUAGUAAUGAAAAGGGGAAAAAGGAAGAAGCAAAGUUCAGCCCUCCCUAUGUAGAGGAGUACCUUGCCUCCCACCAGUGCUUCUGGCACUGGGCCAUGGGAAGCAACAAGUUGGGCCUGUUUUACCACAGGAAAGGACAAGGGAAAGGGAAAGGGAGAAAAGCAGUCCAUCUGGGUCCCAGGAAUGCUGCUUCUGUGUCCUUGCUGCUCUUCUUGAGCCUAGGGCUGUCGGAGUCUAGAACAUCCCUCUGGCCACCCUGGAGGGUUUGGAGACCAGACAGGAGGGUCUGGGAUCUUUACAAGGGGGUCAACCAGCCUCACACAGAGCCCAGGAGGACAUUGCCUCUGAUCCCUGGCCAUGGGAGUGAAUGCCCACAUUGUAUGAAGAAUCACAAGCUGGGAGAAUUCAAAAUAAGUAGUAUUUAGUUUAUCAUAGAAUGUAAAUGUAGAAUCUAGGAUUUUUAGUAUGUGGGGUUGAAGAGACAAGAUGGAGGAAUUGGGGAGUGGCCCCUGUGCUCCUUGUUCUUGUUCUCGUCCCCCAUUUUCUGCUGAGUUGGAUCUCAAGGAUUGGUUUAGAGUAGAACUGACAUGUUAGUAAAGGUAGUAGGUAUUGGUAAAAUUUUGUAAAUAAAAAAUAUGUCUUGGACAGUGGUUGGGUCAAGGGUACCGUGCAUAAGGUGUGGGGCUUUCUGACCCACCCCAGUCCACCGCGUGUCCUGCUCUGCUGGGGAUGCCUCACAGAGCUGAGAAAGAACUAAGAUAAGGUACCCUGCCAAGGAGGCCUGGCAGAGCUGAAAAAGAACUGAGAUAAUGAAGAAUAAACAACAUU